AUGCACCUCAUAUAUGCACCUCAUACACACACACACAGGAUCGCAAUUACACCCACGAACACAGGCGCAAUCGUAGCUCCAACGAUGGAGAACCGCGUUGUGGCGCUGUCGGUGCUGGAGGAUCUCAUCCACUGGCCACUGCCGGAUCGAAGCGGCUACGUCGCACUGCUACACGGGCCUGGCGAAGAUGACGACAGUGGUGCCACUGCGGGGUUGGUGUCUGCCGGCGAUGCGGAAGAUCUCUCCAGAGAGCCGCGGCAGCGCAAGCAGGACCGCUACCGAGCUGUCCUGCUCCUGCCGCGCCUGUGCCACAGGCUCGGAAGCCGUUGGGCGGAGACUGAGAUUGUGCCCUACCUGCUGCGAUGUGUUGAAGAAGACGACGCGCAGCUGGCGCUGGUGGUCGGGAUGGCAGUGCUCGGGGUGACGCUGCCUCGUCGCGCACCGCUGGGGCCUCCGAUGGCGACGUCCAGCAGCGCAGGCUCCGACAUCUUUGAACCCUUCCUAUCCAUCGAAGAUGUGCAGCCGGUGUGCACGCUGCUCGCAGCCAGCAGUGCGGAGGAGACGCGGCAGUUCGUAGCACAGGUGGUGCUCCCCCACCUGUUCUUUGGUGUGGCACUGGAGCGCGACAUCACGCUGGAGAGAUGGGACCUCAAGUACGUGCCGCUCUCCGUAUUGCAGGCAGACGUGACGGCCACAGCAACAUCGAUAGAGUCCGACGAAGCAGCAGAAUACUUCGAAAGUGAGGGCAACAACCCGGGCGGGGCUGCCGGCGCGGUGGACAAUAACGACGUCGACGAUGGAGUGGCAUCGACGGCGCGUCUUGUGGCAGCCGUGUGGAAGCAACUACUCCAGAAGCACCAUCUCACCAUGAGAGCGAGAGCCGCUGCAGCGCGUGCGUCGUCUGCGGCAGGCGCCGCGUCGUUCACUGCCAAUGCGGGCAUUCGACAUGGCCCCAAGCCAAAAAGCACGACCACUGGCAGCGGCAACGAUUCAAACACGUCAUCAGCAGCUGACAUCACCGACCCUCCUGCUCCUACGGAAGAAGACGUUCUCAAGCGCUGCUGCGCCCUUGCUGUUGAGGAUGAGUCCGCGCAGUUCCUGUGGAGCGGGGGCUACACUGCCCUCACAGGACCGUGGUGCUUUGACGGUAGCGGUCGCCUCGCCUCCCUCUGCAACGGUGUGCGCGCCAGGGGUGCAGCUGGUGUGCGCGACGCUAAUGCUCCGUGCAGCAGUGGCAACGGUGUCUGCUUCAGUAGUGCAAUGGCGAGCUUCCGCUGCUUCCGCAGGCAUCGCCGUCGUUUGGACAACGGGCAGGCGCUUCGAUGGGUGCCGCCAGCGGCCUGCCUGCCGCUCUCUGGGGCUGAUUUGGACCUCUACGGUGCCGCCUACGCCUCGGACACCGACAGCGGCGGCAGCGAUGACUUCUUUUCGGUAAAUGUACGAGCGCGGAUGCUGGUGGCGGGUCUUGUCGAGUGGAUGGACAUGCUGCCCACACCAACAGCAGCCACAACCGCCACCGUCUCCAGCGGUGAUGUGGGCACGACCACAUCACCGCGACUGCACGCGGAUGGAAGCCUCUCGCUCUUUGACUACCUGCGCUGCGAUGGACGCCGCGAUGUGCUGCGCAACCGGUGGCGCUCGCUGCUCAAGCUGCUUCAGAGUUUUCUGGAAUCUCCGUAUCCCGGCCCGGUGGCGGCAGCGGUGGAAACGAUCAGCGGCUUGCUGCAUGCGAUCCAGGCAGCGCUCUGGGAAGCCGAACAGCACCACCAACAGCAACAGAGGGCCAAGUCAAGCAGCACCGGCGGCACCGACUCCCGUGCAACCCCUCUGAGAUGUAAGGCCACAUCAAUAGACGCGGGAGCGGAAGCGGACACGUGGUCAGGGAUCCGCGUACCAGCUGAACCGCUCCUGACCACGGCGGAGCUGCAGACGUUCAUGUACCGCAUGACGCGCCGCCACGUGGCAUACUGUGUCGCUGCCGCCGUAUCCGCACGCACAGUGGCAAUGCCGCCCUCUCCAACCGCCGCCUCGAUGAGGGUGCUGGCAGACAGUGUGAACCGUCUCAUGCGCUCUGCUCUGGUCACGGCACAGGGGCUGCUAGCCGAUCUUCUUCUGCGCCAUCACGUUCUCAUGAAGCUGGACGUGUACAGUGCCACUGGAUCAACGACGACAGCAGCAACCCGUCACCACCGAUCGGAGUUGGACGGUGGCUGCAUGAUGCUGCAAGUCGGCGUCGGCCCAAGCGAAUCCCGUGUCGCUUCGUUCAGCGCGUGGGACGUCAGCUUCGCGUGUGCAGGCACCACUGCGGGUGCAGCCACUGCUGCCAUCGCUAACAUGCCCGAUGACGUCACCUUCCUGAUGACGCCCACACCCGCCGCUGACGGAACGACGGAGAAGGACAGCCCUAAGUGGCGGCCUGGCACCCUCAACGCUGUCUCCAUAUUUCGCCUCCACCGUCUUGUGCGCCGUGCACUGCUGCGCGCGCUGCCACUUUGCAUUGAUUUUCUGGGCAUCUUCCACUCCUGCGCAGCUGCACGCGCGUUGUCGAACACAAGCCACAGCAGCACGGCCGCAUCCGCCACCUCCGUCUUCUCCUUGGCAGCAGUGUGUCCGAUGCUGCUGCAGAUGCUAGUGCCGAGCAGCGCCCUUCCCCCGCUGCUGAACGUGCUUCGUGUCACCAUCGAACUCCAGCAGCAGGCAGAAAAGGACCACGCAUCUGCGGAGAAAUACAGAGGUGAAGCAGCAGUGCUGACGCCGUCAGCGCGCCACGCCGAUCCUACUGAUCCAACGAUGACGGCGCCCACCCUGUGGGCUGCUAUGACUGCCGCUGGGUGCAUGCUAGAGCUAGACACCACUGCGCCAGAGGCUCCGACCAUGGUGGAGGAGAACCCCGCUUCCAUAGACUUCGCUCUGCUCGAAGCCGCUCUGGAUGCAGUGCAGCGCCUCAUGGCCGAGGCAGCCGUACAACUUUCCGCCGCACCGCAGGCCGGCUCGCUCCGUGGCUCAACAUACGUGAACGUUGCCAACGCGCCCCCCUCACACACUCUCGAUGCUGUAUGCGCGCAGCUCUUCAUCCUCUUCGCCGCCUGUCUGCGCUGGGUACCGCGCUACACAAACUGGAAGGCGCGGUGGUUGAUAGCACAGCGGCUUCCACGGCUGACCUCUAGCCUCUGUCUCUUUCUCGCCCGCAUGUCUGAACUUGCCGAGGAGACUGACAACUUAAUCUUUCCUGGGCCGACAGCACACCAGCUGCGUGCACAGACAUGGCUGCUUCACACGGUGCGCCUCCUUACCUCUCUCUGGAGGUGCGCCGCGCCGUUUGGGGCGUCGCCCCUGAAUGACCUGAUAGACGAUGAGGAAGUCGAGGUCCGUUGCCUCGCCGCGCGGUGCGCCGUGCGCUGCUUCGGUAGUGCAACGGAGGCUGUGCUGCGGCUGAGCUCCUCAGCGGGCACUGGUGGGGAGAAGGCGCGCGCCAAAGCGUGGGCCCCAUCGCAGCAGUCUUUGCUGCUGCCUCUGCUACGCGAGCCACUUUUGCAGCUACUGGACGCCAUCACGCAGUGCGUCCUUGUCGCUGUCAGUGACGACGAUACACGCGUCCGCUGCCGCUCUGCCGAAGCCCUCGCUGGGCUAUCCCGAACCUUGAGUCUCUUGGUGGUCGCAGAUCCGUCGCUGCCGGCAGGGUCUGCCCCCGUUGCAACGACGAGAGAUGAGGUAGAGACCUCUGUGUGGGCCCCCUACCUUCACUCCAACACGGACGCGCUCCUGCGGCUGAUGACAGACGACAAACCCACAGUGCAGCUGGCCCUCGUCUCUCAACUCACCGACUUGCUGCUGAUGCGCAUGCGACAGCCACCUCACCAGAAGCGCCAAGGAGAGUGUCGCAACGGGCAGGCGCGGGGUCGGCUGGUUGAUGGCAAGAGCGACGCUUCGUCGACCUCUAGCCUCCACAGGGACGUGGAGGAGAGCAGUGAAGGCGACGCAGGUGUGCCGCACCACAGCGCCGAUGAGGUACAGUACGAUGCCCUUCUUCAGUGCCUUCAGCAACUGGCCCAGCACGAGCUGUGGCGGUUGCGUGAGCAGUAUGCAGUGCUCCUGGCCCACCUCUGUGGGUGUCUACUGCUGGCAGCCGCCGCUACCCCCGUGCCGGCAUCAAACGGAAAGCACCAAACUGCGGAGCGAAUUUCCUCCAUGGACUUUAGCCUCGGCAAUGCUGGACGCGUCUCCGGGGAGGGCAGCACCAACGAGACGACCCGCGGCUCCCUCUCUGAUGCCGCUGUGAUCGCUCUACAAGGCGGUGCAGACGCCGCCUUGUGGGUGCACACGCACCCGUUAUAUCAAUUUGCUCGUACCGAGCUGCUGGCGUUACUGGUGGCGGUGCUCUUCGACAAGGUGAAGGCGGUCCGCGACGCUGCGCUCGACGCAGUGGAGCGGAUGUGUUUGCAACUCGCGGUCGCGAGCGCCCGAGGUGCCGCCAGGCAGGGCAAUGCGGAGAGGCAACUGGGCGUGGGCUACGGCACUGGCGACGCCAACACCCCUGCCAAUGCCGCCUCCCUCAAUGUGAACACACUCGUCGAUGAUGUACUCUGGCCGCGCAUCCGCGCCUACGCCCCCGCGUGGGAGACCUACCUCAGCCGCAGUGCCCUCCUGCGCAUUGCACUGCGGCUGAGAGUGGACAAGACCUCCGCGUUCAUUCCGCUCCUGGAUCAGCUUGCCCGCGAUCCGGUACUGAACGUGCGCUUGGUGGUGGCGAAGACUAUCUUGGAGGUGCUCUUCCUCAGCUCAUCAGCGGUGCACGCCAUAUCGACGCCGACAGCGUUGCUGGACGCGAAAGAUGACGAGGAGGCGAGCUUCAGCACGUCAACACCUGCGUCUGUGCCCUCCCACAAGCCGGAGCUACCCUCCGGCGCCAUGGCAUACAGCAUCUUGAUGAACAAGCCCGUACGUCCGCUUCUCGCUGGCCGCCGUAGUGGGUACGGUCCUGCUGGAGCCAUCGCGGAUUUCGUGUUGCCGCCCUUGCAGUUUGACGAGGAGGAGCGCACCGGCGUCAUUCUCCAGAUCCUGCGUCAGCUGCUCAAGGACCCCAGCUCGGACGUACGGGAUGAGGCAGCCAAGGCGCUGAAGGUGUGCUUUUAG